CGUGGAAGUCGGUGUAAGUCGAUAGAACUUAUAGUUAGAUUACACGCUUAGUAGUCUUCCUGACAGAGUAGAAGCAGCCAGUGGUCGACAGUCGCGAAACGAUCAUUGUCGUCGUUCUUCCUCCAUCUGAAACAUACUUGAUUUUUUUCUUUUAAAGUUUCAAAGAAGUUUAAUUACCCUGACAAAUAUAAGGAUUUUUCCUUACUACACUUCGGAAUUCUUUUCCAAAUGAUCUCAGAGAUGCAGCAACCACGUGAAAACGGUAAGGAGACAAAAGGUAUCGGUAGAAGAAACGUUGUACCGAUUAUUCACGUUAAAGGAACUUAUUAUGAUAUUGGAUUCGACAUCGGACGUACGUUCGCUAAAUUAAUUCAAGAUUACAUCGAAGCUUACCGACCGCUCAAUGAAAGUUAUAUGAAAUUGUAUGAUACCGAUGAAGGUAGGAAGGUCUACGAAGAAACUUUACAAUGUGUAAAAAAACAAUUUCCUCAAUAUAUCAGAGAAAUUCAGGGAACUGCGGACGGUGCCAAUGUUCCUUUCAACAAGUUAUUCCUAAUGCAUCUAGAUGAUAUUUUGCCAAACGUUGUUGGUGAAACAUCUGGAAAUACACUGCCUGUCGGAUGUUCAACGAUUAUUUGUAAUCAACCAGGCCAACAAAUCCUUGGACAUAACGAGGAUGCUUUGAGCGAAACCUUGAACCAUUGGUACCUCGUAGACGCUCAUGUUAUCGAAGAUGGUUACAGAGAAGAGAAAUUUAUUUCAUUGAGUUAUGCUGGUUUUUUACCAGGAUAUACCAUGGGUUAUAACCAUCAUGGUUUAAUUUUCACUAUUAAUACUCUCAGCGCGGCUACUCUUAGAUCUGGCAAAACACCACGUUAUUUCAUUACUCGUGCACUACUCGGUGUUGAAAAUUAUGUGGAAGCUCAACAAAUUUUAAGAAACGAAGGUUACGGCGCAGCAGAAGGAUUUUCAGUAAAUAUGACCUUUCUCAUGCAAGAAGGAGAUAGAAUGUUUCAUAACGCUGAAGUUGGACCUGCCGAAGCUAAUGAAUCUCAAUCGCAGCUUGCUAUAUUAACUGCAAGUCCGGGUGAACAUAUCUUUCACUGUAACAAAUACUUACGAUUGAAAAUUCCGGAGGUAAAAGGUUUAAUAAUAGAAAGUAGUAUACAUAGAAUGGAAGCAAUUUGUAAACACCCACCACCUAAGUGUCUUCAAGAUGUAUUAGAAAUUCUUAGCGAUCAAACGGAUUCUGAAUACAGAGUUUAUCAAGAUAUAAAUCCUGAUGAUUAUAUAAAAACGAUUGCUACCGGAAUUUUUGAUUGUAUUGAAAAAACAUGGUCUAUUUAUACAGAUAAACCAAAUUGUAACGAACCGAUAGUAGUCUUACCUUUGCAAUUACAUAUUAACAAUGGUUUUAUAUGUUCAAAAUCAAUUUGUAAAACUACAAAAUAAUGGCGUGAACGACAAGAAAAUUAAUUGACAAAGA